AUGACAAGCGAGAGACCGGCGACGAUGCCGGGCUCGGUGUCGCUCUCGGACCAACAACCUCCUCCAGGUCACGGGCAUCACGCGGCUGCAGGCUCCGCUGCUGGCGGUGAGACAAUGAUGAUGUCCGACUCGGGUUCAGUGGUCCUCCCGGCUGGGAUUAUCAAUCCAUCAGUACCAAUCCGGAAUAUCAAGAUGAAAUUUGCUGUUCUCAUCGGACUGAUCCAGGUUGGAGAGGUUAGCAACCGGGAUAUUGUUGAAACGGUGCUGAAUUUGUUGGUGGGUGGUGAGUUUGAUCUGGAGACAAACUUCAUUAUUCAGGAUGCAGAGAGUAUUGGCUGCAUGGUGGAGCUGCUGGAGCACUGUGACGUCACCUGCCAGGCUGAAAUCUGGAGCAUGUUCACCGCCAUCCUUCGGAAGAGUGUGCGAAACCUGCAGACGAGCACGGAGGUGGGCCUCAUCCAGCAGGUGCUGCUCAAAAUGAGCUCAGUCGAUGACAUGAUUGCAGACUUGCUGGUGGACAUGUUGGGAGUGCUGGCCAGCUACAGCAUCACAGUGAAGGAACUGAAGAUUCUUUUUAGCAUGCUACGGGGGGAAGGCAACGUCUGGCCGAGGCACGCAGUCAAAGUGUUGUCGGUGCUGAAUCAGAUGCCCCAGAGACACGGCCCAGAUGCCUUCUUCAACUUUCCUGGUCGCAGUGCAGCAGCCAUUGCUUUACCUCCUAUUGCCAAGUGGCCUUAUCAGAAUGGGUUUACAUUUAACACCUGGUUCAGAAUGGAUCCCUUGAACAACAUCAAUGUGGACAAGGACAAACCAUAUCUCUACUGCUUUCGCACCAGCAAGGGCAUAGGGUACUCUGCACAUUUUGUUGGGAACUGCUUGAUUGUGACAUCACUCAAGUCAAAAGGAAAAGGUUUCCAGCAUUGUGUGAAAUAUGACUUUCAGCCCAGAAAGUGGUACAUGAUCAGCAUAGUUCACAUCUACAGCCGCUGGAGGAACAGUGAAAUUCGAUGCUAUGUUAACGGGCAACUGGUUUCUUACGGGGAUAUGGCAUGGCAUGUCAACACAAAUGAUAGUUAUGAUAAGUGCUUCCUGGGGUCCUCAGAGACAGCAGAUGCUAACAGAGUAUUCUGCGGCCAGCUAGGAGCUGUCUAUGUGUUCAGUGAGGCCCUCAAUCCCGCACAGAUAUUUGCAAUUCAUCAGCUUGGACCAGGCUAUAAGAGCACAUUUAAGUUCAAGUCAGAGAGUGAUAUCCACUUAGCAGAACAUCACAAGCAGGUACUGUAUGACGGCAAGCUAGCCAGCUCCAUCGCCUUUACCUAUAAUGCCAAGGCCACUGAUGCCCAACUCUGCCUGGAGUCUUCACCUAAAGAAAAUGCCUCCAUCUUUGUGCACUCACCCCAUGCCCUUAUGCUGCAGGAUGUGAAAGCCACAGUGACUCACUCCAUCCACAGUGCCAUCCAUUCCAUUGGUGGGAUGCAGGUGCUCUUUCCACUCUUUGCUCAGCUGGACUACCAUCAGCUAAAUGACAGUCAAGUGGAUAUGACUGUGUGUGCCACUCUGUUGGCCUUUCUGGUUGAGCUGCUGAAGAGCUCUGUGGCCAUGCAGGAGCAGAUGCUUGGAGGAAAGGGCUUUUUGGUGAUUGGAUACCUGCUAGAGAAGUCAUCACGUGCACACAUCACCAGGGCUGUAUUAGAGCAAUUCCUCUCCUUUGCUAAAUAUUUGGAUGGUCUAACACAUGGGGCGCCACUGUUGAAGCAGCUGUGUGACCACAUCCUGUUCAAUGCUGCCAUCUGGAUCUACACUCCUGCCAAGGUGCAGCUCUCUCUCUACACGUACCUCUCCGCUGAGUUCAUUGGUACAGCAACCAUCUACAACACGAUUCGACGAGUGGGCACAGUGCUUCAGCUCAUGCAUACUCUGAAGUACUACUACUGGGCUAUCAACCCUGUAGACAGCAGCGGCAUCACACCGAAGGGUCUUGAUGGUCCAAGGCCGACCCAAAAAGAAAUAGUUUCUCUGAGGGCGUUCAUGCUUCUCUUCCUCAAGCAACUCAUCCUGAAGGACAGAGGUGUCAAGGAGGAUGAGCUGCAGAGCAUCCUGAACUAUUUGUUAACCAUGCAUGAGGAUGAGAAUCUGCAUGAUGUGUUGCAGUUGGUGGUAGCCUUGAUGUCUGAGCAUCCAGCCUCCAUGAUCCCUGCUUUUGACCAGAGAAAUGGAAUACGGGUAAUCUACAAGCUCAUGGCCUCCAAGAGUGAAAGCAUUCGAGUACAAUCCCUCAAAGUCCUUGGAUAUUUCCUCAAGCAUUUGGGCCAUAAGAGGAAGGUGGAGAUCAUGCACACACACAGCCUCUUUACUCUCCUGGGAGAAAGGCUCAUGCUGCACACCAAUACUGUGACAGUGACGACCUAUAACACUCUGUAUGAGAUUCUGACAGAGCAGGUAUGCACACAGGUCGUUCACAAACCUCAUCCUGAGCCAGACUCCACUGUCAAGAUACAGAACCCAAUGAUUCUUAAAGUGGUAGCCACCUCACUGAAGAACUCCUCCCCCAGCAUAGAGCUGAUGGAAGUUCGGCGGCUCUUCCUUUCCGACAUGAUUAAACUGUUCAGCAACAGCCGAGAGAACAGACGAUGUCUGCUUCAGUGCUCAGUAUGGCAGGACUGGAUGUUUUCUCUGGGGUACAUCAACCCCAAAAACUCUGACGAGCAGAAGAUCACUGAGAUGGUGUACAACAUCUUUCGUAUUCUACUCUACCAUGCCAUCAAGUAUGAGUGGGGAGGGUGGCGCGUGUGGGUGGACACACUCUCUAUAGCCCACUCCAAGGUGACAUAUGAGGCUCAUAAGGAGUACUUGGCUAAAAUGUAUGAAGAGUACCAGCGUCAGGAAGAGGAAAAUAUUAAGAAAGGGAAGAAGGGUUUGGUCAGCACCAUCUCUGGUUUAUCUGCUCAGGCCUCUGGCAUUAAGGGUGCCAUUGAGAUCAGAGAAAUGGAUGAUAACUCCCAGACCCCUGAGAGUGAGGCAGACUAUGAGAGUGCUGAUUCGCGCAACCUGCUGGCUGAAGGGAAAGGGCUCGAAGAGGGUCUCAGAGGAACAGGAGGUACAGUAAAUGGGGUCAGGGUCGAAGUCCAUGACCUUCUGGUGGACAUCAAAGCUGAAAAGGUGGAGGCUACAGAGGUUAAGAUGGAUGAUAUGGACUUGUCCUCUGAAACUCUUGGAGUAUCUGAGAAUGGGUCACUGGUGGAGGUGGAUUCUCUGUUGGAUAAUGUUUAUUGUGCUGCUGUGGAAAAACUCAAUAGUAACGUCAAUAGUGUGUUGUUACCAAAGGGGAGCAUGGAUGACCAAAAUACACCUCCUCUCAUUACACUAGAUGAUGACAAGGACAGCAUCCCUAACAGCAACAAUUUCCUGUUUGGAAAGGUGGCAGGAAGCAUAGAGGACAAGCUACUGCCUGACUCAAGUCCAGCUGAGCCUCUGGUCCUGUCCAGCCCAGAGCUUCCAGUCCACACCAGUGCCAGUGUUGACCUGGGCCUUCUAGCUCACAUGUCUGGCAGCUCUGAGCUUGGCUCCUUACCCAGCAUCCUGGAAAAGGAUGAGUUUGAACUACAGGCAGCCUUGGAGGGCAUCAGCUCAGUGGCUGGUACCAAGACUGAGGCCACUGAGGGCACAACUGGAACAGCAUCUGAAGGGGAGCCUUCAGCUAUUAAGACGAGCAGCACAGCAGAUGCUACAGGCAGCACCUCUGACACAGAGAGAUCAGAUGAUGGCAAAGACAAAGAGAUGAGGAAGAUUCAGACAAGAGCCACUACACAGAGUCUACAGGGCCGCCUAGCAACUCAGAUGGAGAGGGACAUACGUGUGGACUUAGGCUUCAGGGGAACGCCCAUGACAGAGGAACAGCGACGUCAGUUCAGCCCUGGGCCACGCACCACUAUGUUCCGCAUCCCAGAGUUCAAAUGGUCAGGAAUGCACCAGAGACUGCUCACUGACCUGCUGUUUGCACUGGAAAGUGAUGUCCAUGUCUGGAGGAGCCACUCCACCAAAUCUGUCAUGGACUUUGUCAAUAGUAAUGAGAACAUUAUUUUUGUCCAUAAUACAAUCCACCUUAUCUCACAAAUGGUAGACAACAUCAUUAUUGCCUGCGGAGGAAUCUUGCCCCUGCUCUCAGCGGCCACCUCUCCAUCGGUAAGUACGGAGCUGGAGAACAUCGAGGCGACACAGGGCAUGUCCUCAGAGACCGCCAUCACUUUCCUGUCCCGUCUCAUGGUUAUGGUGGACGUAUUGGUGUUCUCAAGCUCCCUCAACUUUAGCGAGAUUGAGGCUGAGAAAAACAUGUCCUCUGGUGGGCUGAUGCGUCAAUGCCUGAGACUUGUGUGUUGUGUGGCAGUGAGAAACUGUCUGGAGUGCAGGCAGAGACACAGAGAAAGAGGAAAUAAGUCUUCCAUUCCUAACAACAACAAGACUCAGGAAAUUCUGCAAAAUGCAGCGACUUCCAACAAGGACCCUGAUCGCCUUCUGCAGGACGUGGACAUUAAUCGACUGCGCGCUGUGGUGUUUCGUGAUGUGGAUGACAGUAAGCAAGCCCAGUUCCUGGCUUUGGCCGUGGUGUACUUCAUCUCUGUCCUCAUGGUCUCCAAGUACCGUGACAUUCUGGAACCUCAACGUGAGACUGCCAGGAUAAGCAACCAAUCUGGCCGCAGCAUGCGCCAAGAGAUCAACUCACCAACCAGCACAGAAACACCGCUAACAUUUGACAACAGUAAGGACCAUUCUGCACCAUUAGAAGACCUCCACAUGCAAGGCUCUCUUCCCCACACAGACUCUGGUAUCGGAGAGGAGCAUGUAGUCAGUAUCCUUAAUGGGUCUGACCUGGACCACAGUGCAGGAGGGCCAGAUGCCAUGAGCGAACUCUUGUCUACCCUCUCCUCAGAAGUAAAGAAGUCAGAAGACAGCCUGUCUGAUUCACCCAACGUGGAUGUGUUUAAACCACCCUCUUCCAUCAUCAGUAUUAGCCAGCCUAACAAGGGCAUCAAUGUCAAGGAGAUUCUGAAGAGCCUGGUGGCAUCCCCAGUGGACAGUAUGGAGGCUGGGCUGGAGCUUGUGUCCUAUCCAGACCAUGCUGCCAAUGCCCAGGCUCAGGCCAUGCUGCCCAUGCAGUUCCACUCCUUUGACAGGAGUGUGGUGGUGCCUGUGAAGAAGCCCUCUCCUGGCAGCCUAACAGUUAACACAGUGGGAAGCAACAGCAGCAGCACCUCUGCUGGACUGACAGCUGGCAGCACCCCUAAUAUCUUUGCUGCUGCCUCUGCAACCCCCAAAAGCAUGAUCAACACCACGGGAGCCACAGAUGCUGCGGCUUCUAACAGUUCUUCUUCAUCCAGUUUUGUCAACGGAGCCACCAGUAAGAGUCUACCAGCCGUACAGACGGUGGCCCCCAUGCCAGAAGACACAGUGGAAAACAUGAGUGCCUUUUGUGAAGUGGACCAGUGUCCACUACGCCAGGGACUGACACCUCCUGAGCACAAACCCUUUAGCUCCCUGACAGGAUUACAGGCAGCCUCCAGAGGUGCAGGCCAGUGUCAUAGCAUAACUACAAAGCUAGAGAGGGCUCUAGAAAAGGUGGCACCCCUGCUGAGAGAGAUCUUUGUGGACUUUGCGCCCUUUCUAUCACGCACCCUGCUGGGCAGUCAUGGACAAGAGUUGCUCAUAGAAGGUACAGGUCUAGUGUGCAUGAAGUCAAGCACAUCAGUGGUGGAGCUUGUCAUGCUGCUUUGUUCUCAAGAGUGGCAGAACUCCAUUCAGAAGAAUGCUGGCCUGGCAUUCAUUGAGCUAAUCAAUGAAGGAAGGUUGCUCUGCCACGCUAUGAAGGACCACAUAGUGCGGGUUGCCAACGAAGCUGAGUUCAUCCUGAAUAGGCAGCGAGCAGAGGACGUCCACAAACAUGCAGAGUUUGAGUCCAACUGUGCUCAAUAUGCUGCUGAUAGAAAAGAAGAAGAGAAAAUGUGUGACCACCUGAUCAGUGCUGCUAAACACAGAGACCAUGUGACGGCCAACCAGUUAAAGCAGAAGAUCGUCAACAUCCUCACCAACAAGCACGGUGCCUGGGGGACACUGGCCCAGAGUCAGUUGCAUGACUUCUGGCGUCUGGACUACUGGGAAGAUGACCUGCGCCGGAGGCGGAGAUUUGUCAGGAACCCAUUUGGCUCCACCCACUUGGAUGUCUCAUGCAAGACAUUGCAGGAGUAUGGCACAGAGGAGGACGAGGUGGUCAAGUCUAAGAAGACCUUCCGCAGCCAAACCGUGGCCAGCCAGAACCCUGAGACAGAGCUGCUGCUGGAUGGAGACGACGAUGCCGUCAGCCUGCUGCAGGAGAAGGAGAUGGACAACCUGGGUGGCCCAGUGGUCCUGAGUAGCCCGGCCCAGCUUGUUGCCCCUGUCCUGGUGGCCCGGGGGACUCUGUCCAUCACCACCACUGAAAUCUACUUUGAGGUGGAUGAGGAUGACCCUGCCUUCACAAGGGUCGACUCAAAGGUCUUAGCAUACACUGAGGGCUUACACGGGAAGUGGAUGUUCAGUGAGAUCCGGGCAGUCUUUGCAAGACGGUACCUCCUUCAGAACACUGCAAUGGAGGUCUUUAUGGCUAACAGAACAUCAGUCCUGUUCAACUUUCCUGACCAGGCUACAGUAAAGAAAGUAGUCUACAGCCUUCCUCGAGUUGGAGUGGGAACCAGCUACGGGCUCCCACAAGCUAGGCGCAUCUCCCUGGCCACCCCCCGGCAGCUUUUUAAAUCCUCAAACAUGACCCAGCGCUGGCAGAGGAGAGAGAUAUCUAACUUUGAGUACCUCAUGUUUCUCAACACUAUAUCAGGGAGGACGUACAAUGACCUGAACCAGUACCCGGUCUUUCCCUGGGUCCUCACCAACUACGACUCAGAGGAGCUGGAUUUGACCUUACCAGGGAACUUCAGAGAUCUCUCAAAGCCUGUUGGGGCUCUGAAUCCAAAGCGUGCAGCAUUCUACGCUGAACGCUAUGAGACUUGGGAAGACGACCAGACGCCACCUUGUCAUUACAACUCCCACUACUCCACAGCUGCCUCAGCUCUGCACUGGCUCAUCAGAAUAGAGCCCUUCACCACGUUCUUCCUCAGUGCCAACAGCAACAAAUUUGACCACCCAGACCGAACCUUUUCAGGCAUUGCCCACUCCUGGAGGAACUGUCAGAGGGACACAUCUGAUGUGAAGGAACUGACUCCUGAAUUCUACUACCUACCAGAGAUGUUUGUCAACAGUAAUGGCUACUAUUUGGGACUGAGGGACGAUGGGAUCAUGGUUCAUGAUGUGGACUUGCCGGCCUGGGCCAAGAAACCUGAAGACUUUGUUAGGAUAAACAGAAUGGCCCUGGAAAGCGAGUUUGUGUCAUGUCAGCUGCAUCAGUGGAUUGACCUUAUUUUCGGCUACAAGCAGCGAGGCCCAGAGGCAGUGCGUGCCCUCAACGUCUUUCACUACCUGACUUACGAGGGCUCUGUCAACCUGGACAGUAUCACUGACCCUUCGCUCAGAGAAGCCACAGAGGCGCAGAUCCAGAGCUUUGGACAGACGCCAUCUCAGUUGCUUAUUGAGCCACAUCCUCCACGCAGCUCUGCCAUGCACCUGUGUUUCCUUCCACAGAGUCCACUCAUGUUCAAGGACCAGAUGCAGCAAGAUGUCAUCAUGGUGUUGAAGUUUCCAUCAAAUUCACCAGUAACACACGUGGCCGCUAACACCCUGCCACAUCUUACCAUACCUGCUGUGGUCACAGUCACCUGCAGCCGCCUAUUCGCUGUCAACCGAUGGCACAACACAGUUGGUCUCAGAGGAGCUCCAGGUUACUCUCUGGAGCAGGCCCAUUAUCUACCCAUAGAGAUGGACUCUCUGAUUGCUAACAAUACUGGAAGCAACAAGCGUCAGAUCACAGACCUAGUGGACCAGAGCAUCCAAAUCACCACACACUGUUUCGUGGUGACAGCUGACAACCGCUACAUCCUGGUGUGUGGCUUCUGGGACAAGAGCUUUCGUGUGUACUCCUCCGAGACAGGAAAGCUGACCCAGAUAGUUUUCGGCCACUGGGAUGUGGUGACAUGUCUGGCCAGGUCAGAGUCUUACAUUGGAGGAGACUGCUACAUCGUGUCUGGGUCCAGGGAUGCGACCCUGCUGCUAUGGUACUGGAGUGGGAGGCACCAUAUUAUUGGCGACAACCCCAAUAACAGUGACUAUCCAGCACCACGAGCUGUUCUGACAGGUCAUGACCAGGAAGUGGUGUGCGUGUCAGUCUGUGCAGAGCUGGGCCUAGUCAUCAGUGGAACCAAAGAGGGUCCAUGUCUGGUCCAUACCAUCACUGGGGACCUUCUGCGGGCUCUGGAAGGGCCAGACCACUAUCAGUGCCCGCGGCUGAUCUCAGUGUCCAGCGAGGGCCACUGCAUCAUCUACUACGAGAGAGGCGGCUUCUGCAACUUCAGCAUUAAUGGAAAACUGUUGGCACAGAUGGAGGUCAAUGAUUCCACCAGGGCUAUUCUCCUGAGCAGCGAUGGCCACAACCUGGUGACAGGUGGGGACAGUGGCGUGGUGGAGAUUUGGCAGGCCUGCGACUUCAAACAGCUCUACAUGUACCCUGGCUGUGACGCUGGCAUCAGAGCCAUGGACCUAUCACACGAUCAAAGGACUCUGAUCACAGGCAUGGCCUCUGGGAGUAUCGUAGCAUUUAACAUAGAUUUCAAUCGGUGGCACUACGAGCAUCAAAACCGGUACUGA